UUAAUCAUUAUUAUACAAUAAUGUUAGUAACCGACCGCUAAUUAUUUUGGGGGGAAAAUAUUGGCGGUUUUUAUGCUAUCAAUUGACGCAAAUGUUUACAAAUGAACUGAUGUGGAGUUUUUAUUGUAUAUUUUUAUAUUAGUUUAGUUUGAUUAGUUAAGAAUUGAGGCCAACACAUAAAAAAAUGUUGACAGCUUUUUAUCAAAAUGUCAUUUUUACGUGUUUUAAAACAGUCUAUGGUUUUUUAAUGUGUUUUCCCGGCUGCAGUUUGUGUGUGUUAUAUGCACAAAUGAGGUCACAUGCCGAGCUUAUAUCGAUGUUUCUGGUCGUCUGUUUUAUUUGGGUCAGUAUUGAUCAUUAUCAAAGACCAUGUUGGCCGUAUAAGCCUGUGAGUGAUCCAUUAUACACUUCAUUUUGAGUUUGGGAAACUCAGAAAACUGAGGAACAUUUUUAAAAGGAUUGGAGCCAUAUUUUUCAAGCCAGCAGGCUUCCGAAAAAAAACUUUAUCUACUUCACCCUACACAGAGUACUAAUGAUGAACCCACCAGUUGGACCAGGAGGUGUGUGUAGGCUGCUGGCCUCUUUGCUUUGUGAGUUAGAGUCACACAUGGACACCACAGAGGACAGUACCUUUCUACAGGACAUGCUCAUGGGCAAUACCCUGCAUCUGCUUAUUAAGGUCUAUGACAAGCUGCAGAAGUACAGGGAAAGGCAGCCUGCACCACUGCUGGAGAGCGUAGAGGACCUGGUUCAGGGUUUGGCAGAGGAGAUGCGAGGCACGGUCGCCAGCCCAGAGACAUUAGAGCUAUUGGACCUGCUCGCCAAACCUCAUGUACAGGGUCUUCUCUCGGUGCAUGACACGGUGGCCCAAAAAAACUACGACCCUCGGUUGCCUCCUUUGCCUCUAUUGCAUGAUUGCAAAGAGGAUGAAGAAGACUCUGUGAAGAUCAUUUGUAUGAUUAAAAACCAGGAGCCACUGGGAGCCACUAUAAAGAGAGAUGAGUCCAGUGGAGAUAUAGUUGUGGCUCGGAUUAUGAGAGGAGGAGCUGCUGAUCGAAGUGGUCUAAUUUAUAAAGGUGACAAGCUGAAGGAAGUAAAUGGAGUUCCCAUGGAGGACAAGAACCCGGAGGACAUUAUUCCCAUACUAGCCUUGUCAGAGGGAGCCGUGACCUUUAAAGUAAUUCCAGGCACUAAAGAAGAAUCAAAGACAAAAAACACCAAGCUCUUCGUGAGGGCACUUUUUGAUUACGAUCCCAAUGCAGAUCCUGCUAUUCCGUGCAAAGACGCCGGGUUGGAGUUCAUGAGAGGGGAUGUGUUACAGAUUGUAAGCCAAGAGGAUGAUACCUGGUGGCAGGCCAGACAGCAUGGUGAGGCCAACCUCAGAGCUGGACUGAUUCCCUCUAGACAGCUUCAGCAGAGGAGAUUGGCUUUACAGAGGCCUAAAGCUCUGUUCCAGUUUUCCAGCAUAUCGAAUGCAUUCACUGAGGAUGUUGACUACAGCGCAAUAAGUGGCAUACAUAUAGCUGGUUUAAGGAGAAGUUUCCGGUUUAGCAAAAGGAACAGCAUGAGUCGACAAGCGAGACAGAAGAUGGUUGAAGGGCAUGGCAGUAUCCCUGAACCAAUAUAUAUGGAGGUAUUGCCUUACCACAGAGAGCCUGGGGAGCCUUAUCGCCUUGUGCUUCUUACUGGGCCGAGUGGUGUUGGUGUGACUGAGUUGAAGAGGAAACUUCUUCUCUCUGACCCAGAGCACUUCAGUGUAACUGUGCCACAUACCACUCGGGAGCAGAAAAGGCAAGAAAAAGAUGGGGUGGAGUAUCACUUUGUGUCCAAACACACAUUUGAGAAAGAUAUUCUUAACCACAAGUUUUUGGAGUAUGGUGAACACAAUGGCAACUACUAUGGUACGAGCGUGGAUUCGGUGCGCAGGGUCCUAGCGGAGGGCAAGGUGUGCCUGCUCGAUGUGGACCCACUUGUUAUAGCAACCCUAUACACUUCGGAGUUUAAACCCUAUGUUGUAUUCGUGAAGCCCCCAUCAAUCGAGUGCUUGAAACUGAGCCGGAGAAAAGCAAAAGUUCUGUCAGGUCCAAAUGAGCAGAAAUCCACAAAAACAUUUACGGAGAAAGACUUUAAUGAUAUGAUUACCAGUGCCCAAGCCAUGGAGAGUAAGUACAGCCACUUUUUUGAGAAAAUCAUCAUCAAUGAUGACCUGGCUAUGGCUUUUACUGAGCUGAGAGACCAACUCAAGAAGAUUGAAACAGAGAGUCAGUGGAUCCCACGUACCCAUGUUUUGGGGUCGAAUUAAUGUGAAGACGUAUGAUAACAUUUUCAUUACAUUACAGUAGAUAUAAUAAUUAUAUGCUAUUCGUAGUGUCCUGUCCAGUCGUGAAUCAACUCCAUUGAUAUCCAGCAAACACAUAGUGUAACAGUGCAUUGAAAUGUUCUUUCCUGCACUUCAAAUGUUUAUGUUGAAAAACAAAUAAUUGUGAAGCACCCCCCCAAUUCCUACAUCAUGAUAUACAUUAUGUUAUAUUAAUGAAUGAUUUCUUUUCGUGUAUUGAUUUGGUGCCCCAUUGUGGCUCAUGUUCUGACAUUAAUCACUUGCAGACGUGGAAUCUCCACAGCAAAGAUGUGUUCUCAAUUUGACUUAAGUGAGGUGAAUUAGGACUACGAUUUACUUUUUUUGAAAAUUGUACUACAAGAUUGAACUUUGGAUUAGACCUCUGAAACACGUCCAGGUAGUUCUAUGUACUCGAACAUUUCCAAUCCAACUUUAGAUUUGUUCCUGACAUUGAACUUAACCCGGGGCUUUACAAUGAUUUAAAUGUCUAAGUGUUCCUGUGGAAAGUUAACGUUUGCAAGUAAAGGAGGUGAUCCGUGGGUCAACCUCUCAAAAGGAUCAAUGCAAAGCACCUCAAGUUAUCCCACACGGGUUUUGCAGAAAGGGGUGACCUAGCUUUUCUCUGGAAGCAAGAGGGGGAAGUAAAGUUUAUUUUCACCAGCACUCAGAAGAACUGAAGAGUAACAACAAGUUCCUGGGGUUAACUUGGAUAGUUGCCUAGCAAGCAUGAGGGACAGAAGUCCACACACACUGUACCUGCCGUUUAAAGGGACACUCCACUUUUUUCCAGCUCCCUUAGAGUUAAUCAUUUGAUUUUUACAGUUUUGGAAUCCAUUCAGCUGAUCUCCAGGUCUGGCGGUAGCACUUUUAGCAUAGCUUAGCAUAAUCCAUUGAAUCUGAUUAAACCAUUAGC